AAAGUGCGAAUCGUUUUUGUGAGAAAAUAUGUUAAGAGUUUCAUUAUUUGAAAAUGGAAGAGCUAAAGAGACUGGAGAAGUUUCAGAGUGUUGUAUCAUCGAUCACUUGUCACGGUUUACUUUCUUCUUCUUCAACCUCCGAUUCAGCUUCUUCUUCUCGCUUCAUCUCCAAUCUCGUCCUUCUCCUGGUACAACCAUGCGGCGAACUCGAUUUAGAAUCGAAACUGGGUCUAGUCUCUGAGUUUUUACCGAAAAUCUCAGGACCUUUUCUGGAAAAGAUAUCGAGUUCACUUGAGCUAGAUGAUGAAGCUACUACACCAGUUAACACAAUUUCAGCAGAGUCUGCAAAGAGUUGUGUGAAGAGGAGUGUCAUGGGCAAUGUUGAUCCUUUCAUGUCACAGAAGAACCAAGAAGUUGUGGCAAUGGUCGGGCUAGAUGCAAUGAAAAGAGCAAACUCUACACUUGAGGAUUUCUCCAGGUCUUAUUUCAUGUUCCAUCGGUUGGAUAUUAACGAACCGCAGUCAAUAUUCAGAUAUUUACCAGUGCUUUCAUUCACAGAGAGUUACAUAUAUCAGAUGGAUGCUCUUAAUGAGAAGAUAGUCAGUGAAUCAGCUCGUGGAUCCCAAGUCAUUUAUUCAAGUCAUGGAUGGAAUGCUGAAUCACGAGUUUUGUUUGAAACUGAUCCAUUGAAGCUGCUUGGAGAUCUGCUUGAACGUGAGGGCCUUUUGACACAAAGAAUACAACAAGAGUUUAAGUCGGGUGAAGAGUAUUGGGCGUUAGAAAGAAAGCUAUGUCAUGCUCUUUCAAACAAAAAUAAGCUCUGUCUCGAAGAUGUGAUGAGAGCAAUUCGUUUGAAGUCCUUUGAUUACAGGGUGUUGAAUCUUCUACUAUACAAGUUGAGAGAAGAAGAGGUGAAUGAGUUGCAUAUGGACUUCUUGUCAAUUUCAGAGUUCCUGGUUGAAGUAGCGGAUGAUCUGUUCGAUUACGAGGACGAUGUUCUUGAGAACAAUUUCAAUGUUUUACGUAUGUUUGUGGGAAUAUUCGGCUCAUCGAAUGCACCCACUGAACUGGCGAAGCGGAUAUCAGAAGCUGAAGACAAGUAUGAAGAGAUUAUGAAAUCUCUGGAUCCACAUUUGUCUUCAAAUUACCAAAGAAGAUGUGAAGAAGCUACUAAAGAAGGUGGGAAAAUUUCUGGUCAUUCGCUGGGAACAUGGAACAUACCGGCGGUUAUUUCCGACGAAGAAGCAUACCGAGCUGCUAUAAAACCGGGAUUUAGUUAAGGUUGUAUACCGGAUUAAACCGGGAUUUUUUUUGUAUCCUUGGCCGAGACAUGAAUAGGUGUAAGUUUGUGACCAAACAUUCUUUGACCGUAGGAUCUUUUCUCGUUACAUCUGAGCCGUUUAAAAGGAAAAAAUACUUUGAAGACUUUGUGACCUAUUAUGUAUCAAAGGAGACAAAAGCCAUUGACUAUUAGAAUUGGAUCAUGCAAUAAUAAUUUCAGUUGUCUUACUGUGAAA